AAUUGAAACUGAUUAUAGAAAUUUUUUAUUCUCCUAUUUUCCAAGAUUCUUCUAUUUCGUCUAUCUCUCCCCCCUCAUUUCUUCUCCUCUCUCUCUCUCUCUGAUUUUUGGCUACCACUCUCUUGAUCUCAAGCUUUCAUCAGCAUGAUUUGGUCAGAUCUUUAUUGAACCUUUGAUACUUGGAACAUUGAUUUUUGUCUACUAUUCUCUCGAUUUCAUGCUCUUAUUGGAAUGGUAUGUUUUGAGCUGAUGGUACUCAGUUCCUCAGAUAUCCCAUGCCUCAUGUGAUCAAAAAUACUUUUGAGCAGAUACUUAAUCAGGCCCUUUAUGAAAACAAGCUUUAUAUAUUGGUUCACCAUGAUACUUUUAUGCCAUUCAUGAGGCGAAUCAACGACACAAUUUCAUCAAAAAUUUAUUCCACUAGAACACUUCUGUUUUUAACCAAUGAUGGCACCUUGAGGCCUCUGGAAAUUGAACUAAGCCUGCCACAUCCAAAUGGUGAUGAAUUAGGCGUUGUUAGAAAAGUUAUUACACCAGCCCAACAAGGCUUAGAAAGUACCGUUUGGCAACUUGCUAAAGCUUAUGUCGUUGUUAAUGACUAUUGCCAUCACCAACUAGUUAGCCAUUGGUUGAACACUCAUGCAAUAGCUGAGCCAUUUGUGCUAGCAACAAACAGGCAGCUUAGUGUGUUACACCCAAUUUACAAACUGUUGCACCCUCACUUCCAUGACAACAUGAAUGUCAAUUCACUUGCUAGACAACUUCUUGUAAAUGGUGGGGGUAUUAUUGAGUCUGUGGUAUGUCCCAAAAAAUUAUCUUCAGCUGCUUAUAAUAAUUGAAAUUUAGCUGAACAGGCGCACCCAGCUGAUCUCAUCAAGAGAGGGGUGGCAGUGAAGGAUCCAAGUUCACCACAUGGCCUUCGCCUACUGAUAGAGGAUUAUCCAUAUGCUGUCGAUGGACUUGAAAUCUGGGCUGCAAUAAAACAAUGGGUUCAAGAGUACUGUUCUUACUACUGCAAAACUGAUGAAGUUGUUCAAAAAGACAAAGAACUCCAAGCAUAGUGGAAGGAGCUCAAAGAGGUCAGUCAUGGCGACUUAAAAGACAAGUCAUGGUGGCCUGGUAUGCAGACCCGUGAAGAGUUAAUAUUAGCUUUGCUGGUCUAUGAAGAAUUCAUACUUCAUUUUCUCUAUCAUGCUUAGUAACUUGGAUUGUUCGAUGUGUUUCUUUUCUACAAUUGUUAAUGUUGUAGAUAUUCAAGCUAAAGUAUCUUAACUGCAGAUAUCAGCAAUCUGUCAAUGCAUGAAAAUAACAAUUACAAGAGAAACCACUAGAGUUAUUCAUAGUAAAACAAGACAUAAUUAGAAGAAUGAGUUGACAUUAUUCAAUGGUGGCACAACUUAAGUAGUUAAAUGUUUGAUAUAAAAUGAUAUUAAUUAAUUACUUUGCAUUACUUUUAUUAUUGUUGUUGCAGCUUAUGGUUCUUUCAGCCUUGUAGAGGUCUCUGUAGUUAAGCUUAUUCUUGGUAUGGAACUUAUUUCUUUUAAACAUGGUUUUGUGUGACAUCCAUUUAUUAUUAAUGUGAACAUGUAAUUUUGGAUCU